AUGAUGCUGUCUGAUCUUCUCUCUCCAACUUCUUCAUCUCUCUUGUCUGGAGACUAUAUUGGAAUGGAGAGCUCUGUGGAUGUGCAGAAAGACUGUGAGGAGGACCAGGUGGUGCAAAAUGAUGAUGAUGAGGAGGAGGAGGGUCAAGGUGGUAAUUUCAGGCAGAGGCUGAUGGGUAGGAGGGAGCAAAAAUGGGCAAUGAGGAACAAGGAGUUUCCUCCUCCUAUACCUUUGUUGGCUCGCACUGAGAACUUGCCUUCUCAUAUGCCUUGGGUGUUGAAAAGGCAUUAUACAAGUGAUGGGAGGUUGAUUUUGACUGAGGAGAAGGUUAGGCACCAUGAGUACUUCAGGGCUCAUAGGUCUAAUGGCAGGCUCACUUUGCAGCUUGUGCCUUUGGAUGAUGAAGUUUUGAUUGCCCCAGUUGCUCGUGAUGAGGGAAAUAAAGAUGGGAAUGGGAAUGAUAAUGAGUAUGAUGAUCAGGACCCACAAUGUGAUGAUCAUGGUGAUGAUGAUGAUGAAGAAUAUGAUGAGGAUAUUGAUGGUGAUGAUGAUGAUGGUUAUGGUGAUGAUGAUGAUCAUGUGGUUGAAGAUCAAUCAAUAAGUGGGAAUAUUGGCGGAUCAGCAGCAGGGAAGUGCUUCAAUUUCAACAGUGUGGGGAACAGGAUCACCUUGCAUCUUUGGAGUGCCAGUGCCGGCCAUCAGGCAGGUUCACAGUUAAAAUUUGUUUGA